AUGUCUGACAAAGACGCUGCGGUGAUGCAUCUGGAGAACCAACCAGGCUAUGGAAUCUCUGCCGAUGAUGCCGAAUUCCUAGCGAACUUCCCGGAUGAAGCGAAGAAGAAAGUCAUUAAGAAGAUGAGACUUGUUCCCAUGUUUGUUCUCUUGUAUUUGGUGGCAUACAUUGAUAAGACAAAUAUCGGCAACGCGAAGAUUGAGGGCCUUCUUCCCAGUCUAAAUAUGAGCGAUAUACAGUAUAAUAUCGCUUUGUCUAUAUUUUUCAUACCCUAUGUUCUUGCUGGAGCAGAGGUGCCGAGCAAUAUAUUGUUGAAUCGUCUCAAGAGACCGUCGCAAUACCUGGGGUUCCUUAUCUUCUGUUGGGGUGUCAUUAUGCUAUGUACCGGCUUCGUUCAAAGCUUUGCUAGCCUAGUCGUUAUUCGCUUUUUAUUGGGUCUUUUUGAGGCUGGUUUUCUACCAGGUGCCGUGCUCGUGAUUUCGAAGUGGUAUCUGCCAAAUGAGACACAAACUCGAAUUGCCAUUCUCUAUACCUCUGCAGCUUCUGGUGGUGCUUUCUCCGGUCUAUUGGCAUUCGCCAUCGCGAAGAUGGAUGGUACAGCAGGUUACGAGGGCUGGCGCUGGAUUUUCAUUAUAGAGGGUCUUGCAACAAUUUCCAUGGCCGUCGCCUGCUAUUUACUUCUCUUAGACUCCCCAUCCCUUUCUCCGGGCUGGCUCACUCCCGACGAAAUCCGAUACCUUGAGGUACGCCAACUAGCCUCCAACACUCACAGUGGCCAUCACGAAAGCUUCGACAAGCGGAUAUUAUUAAGUGUCCUGACCGACUGGAAGAUCUAUCUUCUCAUUCUUGCCAACUGGUCUAAUGCCGUCCCCAACUACGCUCUUAAAUUCAGCAUGCCCGAGAUCAUCAAAUCCAUGGGCUACGAAUCAGCCAACGCCCAGCUGCUGACCAUUCCCCCGUAUGCCGUCGGCGCUGCCUCAGCUUUUAGCUUCUCCGUAUUUGCCGAUCGUUAUUCCUGGAGAAUGCCUUUUAUCCUGAUCCCUCAGUGCGCACUUGUUGUUGCCUUCGGAAUACUAUUCUCCAAAGCGACCGACAUCGACAAUAACAUUGCACUCUGCUAUUUCGGAAUCUGUCUCGCCUGCUUUGGAAUGUAUCCCAUCCUUCCCGGCGUCAACGCUUGGAAUGUUUGCAACAUUCCGAACCCUCACAAGCGCGCUGUGGCUAUUGGUUAUCUUAUUUGUGUUGGUAAUGCUGGUGGAAUUAUUGGGAGUUACAUCUACAAAGCUGAUGAGAAACCGCGAUAUCCUACUGGCUAUGGUACUUCGCUGGCGUUCACGGCUGCUGGGAUUGCAGCUGCGUUGACCUUGGAGUUCUGUCUCUGGAACGCGAACCAGACGAAUGCUAAGAUGACAGAAUCUGAGAUCGAAGAGAAGUAUACGGAGGAUCAGCUUCGUGAUAUGGGCGAGAAGAGCCCACUUUUCAAGUAUACUUUAUAA